CUCCAGUGGAGAGUCGUGGUAGCGCAACGUUUGCAGAAACCGACCAUUCAGUUUACUGUUGUAUGGGCAUUUGGCAGAAUGGAGACCAAACCAGUGAUAACCUUUCUCAAAACCCUCCUCAUCGUUUACUCCUUCGUGUUUUGGAUCACAGGAGCGAUCCUCUUGGCAGUGGGAGUAUGGGGGAAGUUUAUGAUCGGCCCGUAUAUCUCUCUGAUAGCUGAGAACACCACCAACGCUCCGUACGUCCUCAUCGGCACUGGGACUGUCAUCAUCGUCUUCGGCCUGUUCGGAUGCUUCGCCACCUGCAGGGGGAGCCCAUGGAUGCUCAAACUGUAUGCAAUGUUCUUGUCCCUGGUGUUCCUAGCUGAGUUGGUGGCUGGGAUCUCUGGCUUUGUUUUUCGUCAUGAGAUAAAAGGCACCUUCCUGAGGACGUAUUCUGACGCGGUGUUGAAUUAUGAUGCUGAGGAUGAGAAGAGCCUGGCUGUGGACAACGUCCAAAGCAGCCUGCGUUGCUGUGGGGUGUACAACUACACCAGCUGGUUGGGCAGUGUGUACUACCCAGCUAAUGGCUUUCCCCCGAGCUGCUGCUCCAACUCCACUGACUGCAGCCCACAGGACCUGCGCAACACAACCAUAAACCACACCAAGAUCAACCAGCAGGGCUGUUAUGAACUGGUAACCUCCUUCCUUGAGACCAACAUGGCCAUCAUCGCGGGAGUAACGUUUGGCAUCGCCUUCUCACAGUUGAUUGGCAUGUUGCUGGCCUGCUGUCUGUCCAGGAUCAUUACUGCUAAUCAGUAUGAGAUGGUGUAGCUGGAAGAGCAGGGAGAUGAAGAGGAGAGGGCGAACAGCACCUUGGUAGACUGGCACAGAAGAUCCCCACAACACUAGCACACUGCAUCACUAAAACUCUCUCUUUUCUCUCUCUCUCUCUCUCUCUCUCUCUCUCUCUCUCUCUCUCUCUCUC